AUGGAGACCGGAGUCGCCGCCGACGAUCAGUCUCCGGUCCCGAGUUUCAGUUUCAAACCUCCCGCCGCCCCCCGCGGACCGCGGACUCCGCUCAACACGUUCAGCGUCGCGCCGCCACCGGCCGCCCCCGAGUCUGGCAUCUUCCGCUUCUCCCAACCCGCGGCCCCCGGCCCCACCUUCAGCUUCUCGGCCCCUGGGCCCGCGCCAGCCCCCGACCCCCCCCACACACAGCGCCGCCGCUCUCCGCCGCCCGCACCCGCACCCGCACCCAGGCCGCACCGGCCUCUCGCCAUCUUCAGCCGCACUCUCAGGGACUUGUUCAGUGACCGCGAGGAACGGCCACCCCGGAGCUCCCCACUCGGACCCGCCCGCAGCAAGAGGAGAGGCCGAGAGGGCUCUGCUGGCAAACCUCUGAUACGCAGGAUGCGCCGGACAGAGAGCUCAGACAGCCUGGCCGGCUCAGGUACAACCCCUGGUCCAGGCACGCCAGUGGCUGAGCUGACCGCUAUCCAGUGUAAGAACAUCCCGGAGCACAUCAACAGCAAGGAGCUGGUCAAGCAGCACUUUUCUCUGUUUGGUAAAGUGCAGCGAGUUUACUGCUACCCCACGAGGAGCCUGGCCAUCGUCCACUUCAGCGACCACGCGUCGGCUGCUCGGGCGAAGAGAAAGGGCAAGAAACUGCGGGAAGGGGUGGAGAUGGAGAUAUUUUGGCAACGGAAGAAAAUCAGUCCCGUGAAGAAAUCUGACUGGUCGUCAUCCAGAGAAGAAAAGGAGGUGAAAGAGGAGGGGGAGCUAUCCAGUGAGGAGCCCAUGAGCUUCCAGUACUCGCCCCGACCAUCCAGCACCAUGACCAGAACCUCCACAGUCAUUGGCACAGGCAGCACUUGGUCUGCUACCAAGAAACCAGCCUCGUCAAAGAGCCUGCAGUUUGAAGAGGGCCCGGACAUGGUGGGGGAGCGAGGGGGAGUUCUGCCUGCUUCCCUCAGCCACCUGGUUGCGAUGGUGGCAGAGAGCGCCGAGGACAAGUACAGAAUCCUGGACCAGAGGGACAAGCUAAUGAGACAAGCAAGGGUGAAGAGUACUGACCUGGAGAAGGCGAGAGCUAUGGUGGGAACCUGUCCUGAUAUGUGUCCAGAAAAGGAACGGUACAUGAGGGAGACCCGCUAUCAGCUCAGCUCCUUCGAGCUGCUUCCUGGCACCGACAAGGUCCAUCACGAAGCUGCCAUCAAAGAGUAUAGUAGGUCGUCGGCGGACCAGGAGGAGCCGCUGGCCCAUGAGCUGCGACCCGCAACGGUGCUGACCAUGACAAUGGAUUACCUGAUGAUCAGGAUCAUGGACAUGGGAGAAGGCAAUUCCCGGGACUGGUACGACUUUGUAUGGAACAGGACUCGUGGCAUCAGGAAGGAUAUCACACAGCAGCACCUGUGUGACGAGCAGACGGUGGUGCUGAUUGAGCAGUGCACCCGCUUCCACAUUCAUUGCAGCCACGCUCUGUGUGAGGAGCCCAUGUCCUCCUAUGAUGCUAAGAUCAAUGACGAGAACCUGACCAAGUGUCUGCAGAGCCUGAAGGAGAUGUACCAGGACCUGGCCAAUAAGGGCAUCUACUGCCAGACCGAGGCCGAGUUCCGGAGUUAUCACGUGUUGCUUAAUCUGAACGAGGGUGACAUUCUCCGGGAGGCUCAGCAGUUCCGCUCGGAGGUUCGGAACUCUCCAGAAGUUAAGUUUGCUGUGCAGACUUUCGCUGCUUUAAACAAUAACAACUUUGUCAGGUUCUUCAAGCUUGUGCGAGUGGCUCCCUACCUCAAUGCCUGCAUCCUGCACCGUUACUACAAACAGGUGAGACGUGAGGCGGUGAGCGCUCUGACCAUGGCUCACACUGUCAGCUCCCAGCGCUCCACCAUGUUCCCGCUCCACACGUUGGCCAGAAUGCUGCUGUUAGAGAACCCGGAGAGCGCUGUUACCCUGGUCAAUCACUACGGAUUGAUUGUGAGCGAGGGGGCUGUGGAGUUGAACCGACUAACGCUCACUGAGACGGACAUUUCGCUACUGCCCAAGAAGUCGUCGUUGAUUGAGCAGAAGCGACCAGCGCUAGUCGGAGAGGUGGUGAAUGGAGGGCGUCUGCCACACUUUGUGCCACAUAUCCCUGUCCUGAGCUUUGACAGCCAAAACCGAUAUGUGGAGGAGAACCAGGAGGCAGCUGGCAGCACCCAGAAGCUGAUCCAGCCUGCUGAAGCUGCAUCUGGGAAAGAGGAAGAGGAAAAGCCAGUGCCCACAGUGAAGCUGCCUCGAAUGGAAGCUCCAUGCCAGCCCCGGACGUUUCCUGUGUGUGUGCUCACCGAUGUGGUAAGGGAACUGGUGAAGGAUGUGGUGCGUGUGGAGUGCAAGGAGCUGGCACGAGCUGGGGUGAAGUAUGCAACGGAAGCCAACAGCGUAUCAAUGGCAUCUGUGGAUGAGAUGGUUUGGGACGUGGUGUUGGAGAUCCUGAGGCAGAUAGUGAGUGAGGAGGUGGCGGCUGAGCAGCAGAGAAUAGAGGAUGAGAAGGACAGGAUGGAGCAGGACAGGAUGGAGCAGGACAGGCUAAAGCAGGAGCGAGAGCUGUGGAAGAGCUGUUAUUGUCAGGUGCUAUGCAAUGAGCUCACAGACCAGGUGGUGACCCACACACUGAAGGACAUCGCCACUCAGGAGCUCAGACUUGCUGUAGAGGAAGAUAGAAAGGCUCGGGUUGCCCGCUGCUCAAUCCAGGAGUGCAGCUCUCUCAUCCACCAGACCCUGGACACCGAGAUUUUUCAGGUGGUGAAGGAAACGUUACAGGAACUCCAUUGUUUCUGCAAGUACCUGAAGAGGUGGAGAACGACCGCUGCUGCCCGCAUGCAGCUGAGGAGACAGAUGUGGAGCUUUCCUGCGGCACCGGGCAGUUUGCACACUUGGAGUGAUCACUGCCCCCAUCUCACCAGCUCCUUGACAGCACCUGAGGAGAUGGAAACAGGGUUGCCAAGCCAAGCUCGGCCUGAGAGUCUGGGCAUCUCCUGCACACGAUUGCUGUGGGUGAGAAAGGAGACAGACUAUCAGAUGAGAAUCCAGAACUUUCACCAACAGCUGCUCUGGGAUGCUGCCUGUAACCCCCUAGAUCUUGCCUCGCUGGUGGCUCUGAGCGUCCCGACUCAGAGUGAUAGGAUCUUCUGGAAGCUGGUGCUGCUGUUACCAAGUGACGAGGAUGAUGGGCUCAGUGACAUCAAUAAAGCUCUAGCUGAUUGGUUGAAAAACAAGUUUCGUGGAGACGGUGGAGUGAUUCACUCGUUGAAUGGCAUCUCCACCCUCUCACUGUGCAGCGCAGUGAGCUCUGCCCCUUCUCCUAGCCGGCCUCGCCCUGUGCAUAUCUGUAUAAAGGCGACUCAGGGCCCGCUGACUGAGGCCGGCCUGGAGCAGGCAGAGCAGGGGAAGGAGCUGCUGGGAACAACGGGGCUACUACUGCUGCUGCGGGCCCGCACGCAGCCUGGCGACCCGGCUGAGGAGGAGGUGUACUGGCUGUCAGCCAUGCUCCAGGUCAGGCAGGUCCUGCAGGCCAAACCCCUGCACCCUGCCUUGCCCCUUGUCAUCCUUGUGCCCAAGCCCCACUCUCCACUCAUCCUGGAGGAGGUGCAGCAAGGGCUGAAGUUGGAGGAGUUGGUGACUGGUGGGCUGGUAUCCGAAUACUUGAUUGUUUCCAUUUCUGGCUCAACCAGUGACCUGCAGGACACCAACCGGGUGUCGGAGGCCGUCGGGUGGCUUGCCUUGUACUGUCCCUCACCCCCGAAUCUCUGCUGCCAGACUCUGCAGCAGUAUGUGGAAGAUGGGCUGUGUCGAGACUUCAGUGACCAUUUCUACAGUGACCAGUGUGAGAGGCAGGUGUCAGGCCUGCCCUCCCAGGAACCCCGGCCCAUCAUUCAACUCUACAAUCACGUGCUGCACUUCUUGUCAUGUGCAGUCUCCUCGGAGCGCUUGGGCCACCUCUCCUGGCCCCUGGCUGAGUUCACCGGCCAUGCGGCCCAUCCCAUCCUGGCACACACGGAGUGGAACUCCGGCAGCCACCUGGCCUGGCUGCGGGACGCUGUGCUGUCCUUUCAGAUUCCAGACAUGGAGCUGCCUGCAGAGACUGCUUCGUGGCCGGAGCUUUAUGACAUGAUCCUAGCUUACGUAUCUCAGAUACCAGCCUCGCAGCAGACCUGGCCACUGCUGCUCUCCAGGGUCGUGCGGGUGCUGAACAGAGUGUCCGAUGAGUGGAAGGAGGGAAACAGUGUCACCGCAGGCUUGGAGCUGGCCGCUUGCCAUGUACCCUGGGAUGAGAUUAUUGCACUCUGUAUUGAUCAUCGGCUGAGAGACUGCAGCCUGCCCAGCAAGCUGUGCCCUACCGCUGUGAGUGAAGAUGGACAGAUUCUUCUCUAUUACUUCCCGGAGGACGUCACAAAGUAUUCGCCCCCAGCACUGUGGCAUCAGGCCCGGACUCGCACCCAGAGGGACAUUCAGCAACUGUCUGCCAGGAUGCCACACAAGCAGACUGUGUGUUUGAGGAAGCGCCGGUCUGUCCCUCCAGCCUGCGUCUCUAAUGAUAGCCUUGCGAGCAGGGGUGCCUCCGCCAUGGAUAUCACCAGCAUCCCAUCAGCAGCAGAGCUUCUACCAGAACAACUGCUUUCAGGGAUUGAAUCAGAACUCGUGGAGAAUCGAAGGUGUGAGGAUCAGCUGUAUCGCUGGCUGGAUGAGGGCUCCGAUCAGGCGUUCAUGCUCCCGCUCUGCCUGCCACAAACUGUGGUCUGGGCUGCCGAAGGGAUCUUGCCCUUGGACAGGGUCACAACUCCAGUCUCACCACAGAUGGCUGCUGCGGGUGGUCACAACCAACAAGUGGCUGUGAAUGACUGUGGGUGGCUGAAAGAUUCCACCCUGACGCUAUCGGAUAAGAUGAACAAGUUUAACCGUUUAAUCCGGGCCAGUCAGGAGGAAGAGAUGGCAUGUGAGCGGCACCUGGCCACUCUCCUGGACCUUACAGACACGUGAAGCAGACAGCAGAGACCUGGAACCUGUGCCUAAGGCAGAACUCCGCUGAAGCUCAUACUGUGCUGUGUGUUGGCGGCUCCAUUGUUUCUUAUGAUUUUCAUGUUUAUAAUUUUAGAAAUGAACUCUGGUUAAACAAACCGUGCCUGACAUUAAUUUGAACACGUGGAAGCAAAGAAAUCUAAUGUGUACUUGGGAUCCUGACAAGUGACGCAAGGCAGUGAGGAGUUUGUGUAUGAGCUGAGGAGCUGUCCAUUCAUUCAUACAAACCUAUUGGAUGCUCAAGAUCUGUUGAGUGCUUAAUACCGGUAGAUGCAUCCCACACAUACCCAGUCGGCAUGAGUGUCUUUCUUUUCCAACAUGUGUGUGAUGUGUGUGACCUAGAGAAUAUUCUGUAUGAUGUAUGAUAUGAUGUAUGAUGUAUACAGUAUGAUCUGUAUGAUGUAUACAGGGCACACAGUAAUUUAGUUUAUACCGGAGCUGCAUGCAUCAUGGUCACUGGCUUGGGAAAUCUGUUAAAUGCAGAAUUUGUUUUUAAAAUCUGGCACGUUAUUUUUCUGUAUUAAAGAUGCAUUUGGAAGCUGCA